UCGUAGCCGAUCCCAAUCAAGAAAAAAAUAAAAUAAAAAAUUACAUCUUCUUCAGCUUUCUUCUUCUUCUUCUUCAUCACAAGCCCUGGUCUCCUAAAAGUCACACACUGUUAAUCUCACUUAAACACACACACACACACACACACAAAAACAAACAAUCAAAUCCCUUCAAUUAAAUCAAAAUCAAACAGUUACCCUUUUCAAUUCACAUCACAAUCACCCAAACCCCUCUUUCAAUUUUAUAUUAUAUCCAGAUCUCAAAUCUCCCCCAUUUUCCCAACCUAUACAUACAAUUUUCUGUAAGUAUCAUCGAUUUAUGGCUUCCCCUAAUAAUAACACUAAUCAACCACCACCACCAUCAUUUGAUGUUCAAAGACUCUUCAUGAAUCCAUCCUCUUCUCCACCCCCAAUUUCAUCAAGCCCUAAUAAUAUCAAUUCCACUCCUACUUUUCAAAACCCUAACCCUAAUAAUCCCAAUCUGCCAUACCCACCACCGUCUUCCGCCGCCUCUUACCCACCGCCCACUGUUACCGGCACCGCCGGUAACCCUUACCCAAUUUACCACCCUCAGUUUUACCCCCCAUCUCCUCAAUUUGAAAACCCUAAUUACCCGAAUCAUAACCCGAAUAGUAACCACUUGCCUGUUACUAACUUACACCAUCAAAGAUCUGUUCCUUAUCCUACACCACCUCUCCAGCCACCUAGUCCUAGGUCAAACCCGAACCAUGGUGCUCGUUUAAUGGCGUUGCUAAGCGCGCCACAAACGAGCACUAUUGAUGCUAAUACUCCGGGUCAACCCGGUGUUCCGAUAGUGCAAGGGCCUACCAACCCUAUGUUGAUGGCCCCUGCAUUGCAUUCGGGUGGUUCUGGCCCGUUACGAAUGGCUAGUAGUAAGUUGCCUAAAGGACGACAUUUAAGCGGUGAAAAGGUUGUUUAUGAUAUAGAUGUUAGGUUGCCUGGUGAAGUGCAGCCUCAACUUGAGGUUACUCCUAUUACUAAGUAUGGGUCGGAUCCUGGACUUGUUGUCGGUAGGCAGAUUGCGGUUAAUAAGAGUUAUAUUUGUUAUGGGUUGAAACUUGGUGCCAUUCGAGUUCUUAAUAUUAAUACUGCUUUGAGAUCAUUGCUUAAAGGUUUAGCUCAGAGGGUUACAGACAUGGCGUUCUUUGCCGAGGAUGUUCAUCUUUUAGCUAGUGCAAGCAUAGAUGGACGAGUUUAUGUGUGGAAGAUCACAGAAGGCACAGAUGAGGAGGAUAAGCCUCAGAUUACAGGGAAGAUAGUUAUCGCACUUCAGAUCGUAGGCGAAGGAGAAUCUGUUCAUCCCCGAGUUUGUUGGCACUGCCAUAAACAAGAAGUCCUCGUUGUUGGAAUUGGAAAACGUGUUUUGAGAAUUGAUACUACAAAAGUUGGGAGAGGCGAAGCAUAUUCUGCAGAGGAACCUCUCAAGUGUCCUGUUGACAAGUUAAUUAAUGGAGUUCAGUUUGUUGGUAGUCAUGAUGGGGAAGUGACAGAUCUAUCAAUGUGCCAAUGGAUGACUACCCGUUUGGUUUCUGCCUCGGUAGAUGGAACGAUAAAAAUUUGGGAAGACCGGAAGUCCUCACCGAUUGCAGUGUUAAGGCCACAUGACGGUUUGCCUGUCAACUCGGUUACAUUUUUGACUGCUCCUCAUCGCCCUGAUCACAUCAUUCUUAUAACUGGGGGUCCUUUAAAUCGUGAAGUGAAAAUAUGGGCUUCUGAUAGUGAAGAAGGAUGGUUACUUCCAAGUGAUGCCGAUUCAUGGCACUGUUUACAGACAUUGGAACUUAAAAGCUCUUCUGAAUCUCGGGUAGAAGAUGCAUUUUUUAAUCAAGUGGUUGCGUUAUCUCAAGCAGGUCUUCUCUUACUAGCCAACGCAAAGAAAAAUGCCAUUUAUGUUGUACAUUUGGAAUACGGUCCCAAUCCAGAAUCCACCCAAAUGGAUUAUGUUGCAGAGUUCACAGUCACCAUGCCCAUACUUAGUUUUACUGGCACUAGUGAUAUAUUACCACAUGGAGAGCAAAUUGUUCAGGUUUACUGUGUCCAGACACAGGCCAUUCAACAAUAUGCUCUAGACAUGUCCCAGUGCUUACCACCUCCAAUUGAUAGCAUCACUUACGAUAGACAAGAUUCAACUGUUUCACGUGAUGCACCAAGUACUGAAGGUUUGAUUGUUUCAGAACCUUCUAGAAGCAAGGUAGAAACAUCUUUGGAUGUCUCGGUACCACCUUCUGAUGUUGUUUCUGUUUUGAGACAACCAUCAAGUUCUCCUUUGGCUGAAUCUUCUGUUGAAUCUCCCCCGGUUGCAUUAAGUCCAACAUUGUCCCGGAAACUUUCUGAUCUGAAAAGUCCAACAGGCGGCCAUGAAUCUAGUGAGCCAAAAGUUAUGGAAUACUCAGUUGACAGGCAAGUGGACACGUCGUUGGCUGCAGAUUCUGUAACUGAUGAAAGCAAAGUGUUGAGAGAGGAUGGUCCAAAGUUUAAGCAUCCAACUCAUUUGGUCACUCCUGCUGAAUUGAUGGCUACAUCAUCCUCUGAAAUAAAUCACGUUUCUGAGGUAAAGAAUGACACCGAUUCAAUUCUACAUGAGGUGACUUCAAAUACUGAUUUGCAAAAUGUUGAGUUGGAGGUUAAGGUUGUUGGUGAAACUGGAAAAAUUCAAAAUGUUGAAACCGUUUUGCAAAGUGAGGUUCAUGGUUUUGCUUCACAGGCAUCUGAUUUUGGAAGCCGUGUCAUAUCUGGGGAAACUUUUAUUGUAAACGAGCCAAAGCAACUUGAUGGAUUAGACCAAACUUUAGGUGGUCAAGAUGAUGCUCAAGAUGCGAAAGUUGAUGUAUCAGGACAGGUUGAGCCAGCGACAGCUGUAACAGCCGACUCCCCGGCACCGACAUCAAUCAAAGGGAGAAAACAUAAGGGAAAGAAUGCUCAAGGGUCAAACCAGUCAUCUCCCUCCCCAAGUGUUUUUAAUUCAACUGAUUCUUCUAUUGAGCCAGUAGGCGGUUCAAGUGUUCCAUCUGCUGAAUCCAUACUAUCACAACUUCAUUCUAUGCAAGAAGUAAUUAACCAGGUCUUGAUCAAUCAAAAGGAAAUUCAAAAGCAGAUUCCAGGAAUGGUAGCGGUACCUGUUACAAAAGAAGGCAAAAGGGUCGAGGUAGCCAUAGGAAAAACCAUGGAGAAAACAUACAAAGCUAAUUCUGAUGCUCUCUGGGUUCGGACUCAAGAAGAAUUCGCAAAGCAGGAAAAGGCAAACCGAGAUCGGCAUCAACAGGUUUCGGGUUUGGUUACAAAUGGGUACAAGGACUUGCUUGCAGCUUGGGAGAAAAUGUUGAAGAAGGAAACAUCUGCAAUCGUGCCAGCUGUGGUGCGAUCAGUUACUCCAGUUAUUGAGAAAACUGUGUCUUCAGCAAUUUCAGAGGCUUUCCAGAGAGGUGUUGCUGACAAGUCUGUAAACCAAUUGGAGAAAUCAGUUAAUUCUAAGCUUGAAGCUAGUGUUGCUAGGCAAAUUCAAACACAAUUUCAAACUUCUGGCAAACAAGCAUUGCAGGAAGCACUGAGGUCUAGUAUGGAGGCGUCUAUUGUUCCUGCCUUUGAGAUGUCUUGCAAGGCCAUGUUUGAUCAAGUUGAUGCUGCAUUUCAAAAGGGAAUGAUUGAGCAUACAAGCGCAGCUCAGCAGCAAGUUGAGUCUGCACAUUCUCCUUUGGCGAUUGCUUUGAGGGAUGCCAUCAAUUCAGCGUCGUCCAUGACUCAAACUUUGAGCGGGGAAUUAGCUGAUGGUCAAAGAAAGCUGGUAGCUCUUGCACUUUCAGGAGCAAACUCGGAAUCAUUAAACCCGUUGAUGGCCCAAAUAAGCAAUGGACCUAUAGGCAGUUUCCAUGAGAUUGAGGCACCAUUGGAUCCAACGAAAGAGCUAUCUAGAUUGGUAUAUGAGCACAAAUAUGGGGACGCUUUCACAGCUGCCCUGCAACGAAGUGAUGUUGGGAUUGUGUCCUGGUUAUGCUCCCAGGUUGACCUGCAGGGCUUAUUAACUCGCAAUCCGGUGCCUCUGAGCCAAGGAGUACUGCUAUCGUUACUGCAGCAGCUGGCUUGUGAUAUUCGAAACGACACAGGAAAGAAACUCCAAUGGAUGAUGGAUGUGGUGGUGGCCAUCAAGCCAUCAGACAGCAUGAUAUCAAUGCAUGUUGGCCCAAUCUACAAGCAAGUCUACUCUAUACUAGACCAUCAAAUAAACAUUCCCAACACAUCAGUAUCCGAGCUUUCAAGCAUGCGGAUUUUAAUGCAACUCAUCAACUCCACACUCAGGACCCUCUAAGUAAUUUUGAUGCCGGUAAAGACGGUUUAUAUAAUAUAUCUACAGAGGACUGGUUGUACAAAGUUUUUGAAUUUUGUAUUUGGGGACAAGUAUCUUGGACUUAAUUGCUAGAUGAGUUUGUUUCGGGUUUUUUUUGUUCUAAUUGCUUAUUAUUAUAUUAUUAUUAUAAUGGAUGUUUUAGGUCUUGUUAAUCCAAAAUUUGUACAUUUCUUCUUAUGUAUGCAGUUUCUUUUUGUA